AUGACCGAAGUAAAACAGACCGCCAUCGCCCAACUCCUGGAUCACACCAUCGCCCUCGGCAGCCUUGUCGAGAUUCGCGGUUGGGUGCGAUCACGUCGCACCUCCAAAGGCGGCUUUUCUUUCAUCCAUCUGCACGAUGGCUCCUGUUUCGAUUCGAUACAGGCCGUUGCGGAUGGCGCACUGCCUAAUUACGAAAACGAGAUCGCUGAACUGGUGACAGGCUGUUCAGUCAUUGUCCGCGGCGAACUGGUUGAGUCCCAGGGCAAAGGCCAGGAUCGUGAAAUCCAGGCCAGCGAAGUUGAAGUUGUCGGCUGGGUCGACGACCCGGAAACCUACCCGAUCAGCAAAAAACGUCACAGCUUCGAAUUUUUGCGUGGGGUUGCUCAUCUACGACCUCGCACCAAUACAUUCGGCGCCAUGGCUCGCGUACGGCACGCCAUCGCUCAGGCGGUGCACAGCUAUUUUGACCAACAGGGCUUUUUCUGGGUCAACACCCCCAUCAUUACCGCCAGCGAUUGUGAAGGUGCCGGUGAGCUGUUCCGCGUCUCGACCCUGGAUCAGAUGAAUCUACCCAAAGGCGGUUAUAGCGAAGACUUUUUUGGUACCGAAGCGUUUCUCACCGUGUCAGGACAAUUGAACGUAGAAAGCUAUGCCUGCGCACUGUCGAAAGUCUACACCUUCGGGCCAACCUUUCGUGCUGAGAACUCCAACACCAGCCGCCACCUGGCGGAAUUCUGGAUGAUAGAACCGGAGGUGGCGUUUGCAGAUCUGGCCGCCAAUGCGCAGCUGGCAGAACACUUUCUGAAAGCGGUGAUCAAACAGAUCACGAUGAGGUGCCAGGACGAUAUGGCAUUUUUCGCGCAGCACAUUGAUCAGGGCCUGACCGAGCGACUGCAGCAUGUGAUGGAUAAACCAUUUGAGAUCAUGACCUACACAGAUGCGGUCAAACUGCUGCAGGAAAGCAAGCAGAAAUUUGAGUAUCCGGUGCAAUGGGGCCUUGAUCUGCAGUCGGAACACGAACGGUUCAUUACCGAAACGGUCAUUGGUGGUCCGGUUGUGGUGACCGACUAUCCCAAGGAAAUCAAAGCGUUUUACAUGCGUGUGAAUGACGAUGAAAAAACCGUAGCCGCUAUGGAUGUGCUGGUUCCCGGUGUCGGUGAAAUUAUUGGCGGUAGCCAACGCGAGGAACGUCUUGACGUACUCGACAGCCGCAUGGACGACGAAAAACUUAAGCAGGAGCUGUGGUGGUACCGUGAUCUGAGACGCUACGGCACGGUUCCUCACGCAGGGUUUGGUUUGGGUUUCGAGCGCCUGGUGUUGUACCUGACAGGUAUGGAAAACAUCCGCGAUGCUAUUCCCUUCGGCUGGUUCGCCGGUAUCGUUGCGUUUGGUGUCGCGCGUUUCUUUGAGACGGCGGUUAUUGUUUUGACCGCGGUAGCCAUCAACCGCAUCACGGAAGAAAACUACGAUGUGCUGAUGCCUGUACUGGGCAUCUUCGGCGCCGUUGUUGCACGCUAUAUUGUCGUGACCUACGCUCGUUAUGCGGUGCGCAAAGUUGGCCUGAACGUUGCGUUUGAUCUGCGCCAGCAACUGUAUAGUUCACUGCAGGAUCAGGGUGCAAAAUUUUAUGCUGACCACAGCAUUGGCGACAUGAUGACUCGUGCGGUCGCUGAUAUUUCUCUCGUCUACCGCCUGAUUGCCAUGGGUACCAUCCUUGUGGUGAUCCUUGUGUACGCAACCUUGUUCGGCUAUGGCGCGAUGCUUUAUUACUCUCCCAUGCUGACGCUGCUGCUGCUGCCACCGAUGCCCAUAGUGUUCUGGUACGCACAGAGAUCUUCCAUGCAGAUGGGUAUUGCCUCGCAACAGGUCCAGGAACGCCUUUCUGAUCUGGGUACCCACGUGCAGGAGAACCUCAGCGGCAUCCGCACCAUUCAAGCCAUGGUGCAGGAAGAAAACGAGAUAAAACGAUUUGCGCAGACGAACCAGAACUACGCAGAAGCUUUUUACGAACAGGGUCGGAUCACGUCAGCCAUGGCCGCGUGGAUGCCGACCCUCGCAGCGGUUUGUUCUCUGACAAUCUUGAGUUUCGGCGGUUACCUGGUGCUUGAAGGUAAAAUGCUGGUUGGCGAUUUUGUCGCGUUCAUCAGCCUGGUUGCCAUGGUUGUGCAGCCUUUUCGCGUCGCCGGUUUUAUUGUCAACUUAUUCCAGCGGGCUGCCGUGGCCAGUGAUCGUUUGUUUGAGGUGAUGGACCUUGCACCGGAGAUCACCAAUGCGCCAACUGGAAAUACACCCGCAGUCAUCAGCGGCGACAUCAGGUUUAAUCAUUUAAGUUUCACGUUUCCAGGCAGCACCGAACCGGUAUUGAAAGAUAUCAAUCUGCACAUUAAAAAGGGUGAGACGAUUGCAAUCAUGGGCCGUGUUGGAGCAGGUAAGACUACCCUGCUUAAACAAAUCGUCAGGAUUCUCGAUCCAGCGCCAGGCGCCAUUCUCAUAGAUGGUCACGAUAUCGCCGAUUAUCCUUUAGCCCAGGUGCGCUCGCAGAUUGCCAUGGUGCCUCAGGACCCUUUCCUUUUUGCUGAACCAUUAAAAGACAAUCUGACUUAUGACGAUCCGAAUCGCGCGCUGGAAGAAAUCUGGCAGGCUGCCACGUCCGCUGAUCUGAAAGCCACCAUCGAAGACUUUCCGGAUCGGCUCGACACUUUAGUGGGCGAGCGCGGCGUAACUUUGUCAGGCGGGCAGAAACAGCGCGCGACGCUGGCAAGGGGGUUUAUCCGCAACGCCCCGGUGCUCGUUCUCGACGACUGUUUUUCAGCUGUAGAUACUGAGACUGAAGAACACAUAUUGUCCGAACUGAAGCGAUUGAGACAAACCCAGACCACAUUACUGGUAUCCCACCGUGUCAGUACCGCCCGUCAUGCUGAUCGCAUAGUUGUGCUGGAAGACGGCGGCAUUCGUGAAGUGGGCAGCCAUGAGGAAUUGAUCGAAGCACAGGGUUAUUACGCAGAACUGAAACAAGCUGACAAGAACACUACGGAGCAGCGCGAUCAUGCAAUGUUCGACGCAGACCUGAGUGGCGCUGUCUUAAACAUGCACCUGCUGGGUCGGUUAAUGCACUGGCUCAAACCCUAUAAACUGUCCCUGCUGAUCAGCACCGUGCUGGUACUGAUUACGUCCACUCUGCAGAUCCUCCUGCCGAUCAUCAUUUCCCUGGUUGCCAUCGAUCACAUCUUUCGUAAUGAGUCUGAUGCAGAUACGCCGGAUUUUGGCCUGAUCGAACUGAACACCUAUCUGGUUGACGUCACCGGAUUGCCUGCGCUUGUGAUUGCCUGUUUGAUGUAUGGCGUUAUCCAGAUUCUCUGGGCAUUUACCGGCCAUGCGCAUCGCAUGACUCUGAUCGGCGCCGUGAUCAAAGGCCUGCGCGACCUGCGUUUGGAUCUGUUCAGACACCUGGAAACCCGGCCAUCGUCUUUUUAUGACCGCGUUGCCGUAGGCCGGGUGAUGACCCGGGUCACCAACGAUGUAGAAGCACUGUUUGAAUUAUUGCGCGGCUUAGGCAGCCUGAUCGGAGAGUUUGUCCCGUUUUUUGUGGCCCUGACCGUCAUGCUGGCCAUCAACCCGGAACUCACUGUGAUCCUGCUGUUGGCUUUGCCGAUUUUAGCCGGAGCCACCUACUACUUCCGUCGCAUGACACGACAUCUAUUCAGACAGGUUCGCCAGACGCUGUCCGCGUUGAACCAGAAUCUGCAGGAAAACCUGGCUGGUCUGCAGGUAGUGCAACUCUCCGACCGGGAGGGGUUCAACCUCAAGCGUUAUACCAGGAUCAAUGAGAAGAAUCGCGAUUUCGAAUUGCGCUCGGCACGGGUUGAAACGCUUUAUGGUGCAUUCAACGAUAGCCUUGCACAUAUUGCUAUUGGCGUGAUCAUCUGGUUCGGUGCAAGUCAGGUGUCGACGAUGGAAAUGACGCUGGGGGAAGUUGUACUGUUUACUCAGUUUAUCGGCAUGCUGUUCCAUCCUGUUGUGGUACUGGGAGAACAGACCAACAUUCUGUUCCGUGCCAUGGCCAGUGGUGAGCGGAUUUUUCAGGCUAUCGACUGGGAUGAAAAAAUCCACGAACCGGCUCACCCUGUGACACUUCCAAAGCGCCUUGCAGGUGAGGUGCGUUUCAAUCACGUCAACUUCAGCUACCUUGAUAACAUGCCGAUCCUGAAGGAUGUGACUUUUACUAUCGCACCUGGCGAAAAACUUGCCAUCGUCGGCCCUACCGGAUCAGGCAAAAGUACGUUAAUACGCCUGUUAAGCCGCUUCUACGAUUUUGAUGAUGGGCAGAUCUUUCUGGACGGCGUAGAUCUCAACCAUAUUCACAGCCACGAUUUAAGAAAACGUGUCGGCGUCGUCCUGCAGGACUUCCAUAUCUUUUCCGGCAGCAUCUACGACAACAUUGCGCUCGGCAACCCGGACAUUACCCUCGAACAGGCCACACAAGCGGCAAAGACAGUAAAUGCACACGAUUUCAUUGUCUCACUGCCUGACGGCUAUAACACGGUACUGACCGAGCGCGGCCAGAAUCUGUCACAGGGACAGCGCCAACUUCUGGCGUUCGCGCGCGUGUUAGCAGCGGAUCCGGAAAUACUUGUGCUUGACGAAGCCACAGCGAGUAUCGACACGGAGACGGAAUUGUUAAUCCAGGAUGCUUUGCGACGCUUGACCCAGGACCGCACCAGCAUUCUUAUCGCCCACCGCCUGCAGACGAUUCAGGAAGCGGAUCGCGUCCUGGUAUUACACAACGGUCGCGUCGAAGAGCUUGGCACCCACGAGGAACUGCUGGCGGCGCAGGGGUUAUACAGCACCCUGCACAGCCUGCAGUUUCAGGAACCGGUAGUUGCAGAAGACUCCGCUUAG